AUGAUCGAAAACACACCGUUGGCGGUGAAAUACACCAGCACCGCCGACGACAGGUUCCACGUGAACACGAUCGACACAAACGGCAGAGCCAUGAACAUCUUUUGCGUGGUGGAGCUGAACUGGUUGAUGGCUGUUUCUCCACCAAACUUGAACGAAAUAGCAUACAAACAGGCAGAGAUCAGUUGCAGUCCAAUGUAUGGAUCAGGAGCAGUCAGAUCAGGGAACCAAAACAUCCUGGAGUACUUGACACCAUAUUUCUUGUUGAGUUUCUUGAUCUCCUGCAUCUUGAGCUGCUGGCCUAUACGGUCGCCCUUGGACAUUGCGGUGUUGAGCUCCUUACGCAGGACCUUUGUUUCUGGCGCAGCUGCCUGCGAACGGGCCAUAGCGUCGGACGAAGACAUGAAUAACGGGAAGAACGCCAGACGCAGUCCUAUGGUGGUGGCAGCAAUGGUGGCCCACCACGGCAGGCCCGUGGUCACAUGGACGGCCUCGAGAGCGGUCUGGAUCAGAUCAGACGGCCACCAGCCGUCGCACAGACCAACGCUUUUUAGAUACCCCCAUUGGUCAGAAGUGAGGGUGUUGGUGACGGUUUCUGUGUCGAAGCCCAGCGAGGUGUCGAACUUGGGUGGUUCUGGUGUUUGUGUGCUAUUGAACCGGAUUCCGGUUCCCGCAAGAGCGGCGCGCCGCGUGACGGUGUUUCCCGCCCGCAAACCGAUAAGCUGUCUCGAAGGUUGA